AGCGUUAACGCACACAUAAAAGUGGAAGAGCCAGUGAGCCGUGCUGUUAAUUUGGGUGAACGGGACCCAGGAGGCUCCAGCUACCACCACUUAGACUGAGGACAAAACGCAUUGUUGUUGUUGUUGUUUUUAUUCUUCCACUAGUUCAGUAACAUUAACAAUGGGGUAUGCAAGCGCACUUCGGAGUGUGUCUGUGGCCCAGCUUGGCACCUUACUGCUGCAUCUCCUGCUGCUGCUGCCCGACGGGGAAGCGAGCCCCUACUUCAACCGACUGCUUGCUCACAGCCGCAUCCGAGGCAGGAGCGAGGGGGCCAACACGUGUGCCGUGCAGCAGAUUGACGGCACGAGCAAGCGCUACUUCUCUUCGUGCAAGUCCUGGUAUCAGAAGAAGAUCUGCGGCAAGCCGACAACUGUGAACUAUGAAUGCUGCCCUGGAUUCAUUUCGAUUGAGGGAGAGAAAGGAUGCCCUGCAAUCGCGCCGCUGUCCAACGUGUUCAGCACGCUGGAGACUGUGGACGCCACCGCGACGCAGGAAUACUCCCAGCGCGCCGAGCUACGCGGCGAGCUGGACGGGCACGCAACCGUCACCUACUUCGCCCCGCAGAACGAGGGGUGGACGGAGCUUCCCACGGAAGUCUUGGACGCGCUGGUCAGCAACGUAAACCGGGAGUUGCGGAAUGCCCUCUACUACCACAUGGUGAACCGCAGGCUCCUGGCCAGUGACCUCAAGCACAGCAGCACGCUGACCUCCAUGUACGAGAAGCUGGGCGUCAUGGUCCACCACUACCCCAACGGGAUCAUCACCGUGAACUGCGCCCGCCUACUCAAGCCCAACAACCUGGCCACAAACGGCGUGGUGCACGUGAUCGACAGGGUCAUCGCGCCGCCCUCCACGAACAUGCGACAGAUCCUCGAGUCGGAUGAUAACCUGGCCACGCUGCGGGCUGCAGUGGCAGAGGCUGGCCUGCUGGACGACCUGGAGAAGGACGGCGCCGUCACUUUCUUCGCUCCGACCAACGAGGCCUUCGAGAAGCUCCCCACUGAAGUCCUGCAGAGGAUCCUGUCCGAUCCCAUUGCACUGAAAGCCCUGCUCAACAAUCACAUGGUGGACAGCCUCCAGUGCUCCGAGGCCGUGCUGAGCAACGCAAAUCUCGAGAGUUUGGAGGGGACGCCUCUGACGGUCGGCUGCGACGGCGACAAGCUGACGCUCAACGGCAAGGCCAUCGUCACCAAGAAGGAUGUGCUAGCACGCAACGGCGUGGUGCACCUCAUCGACGAUGUUCUAGUGCCCAACUCAGCCAAGUCCGUGUUUGAGCUGGCCGAUUCGGCCGGCGUCACUAGCUUCAUCGACAUGUUCGCCGAGGCUGGCCUCAAGGGCUCCCUGAAGCCGGGAGAGGCGUACACCCUCCUCGCUCCGAAGAACGAGGCCUUCACCGACACCACGAUCUUCGAGCUGUCCGACGACAUCGCGGAGUUGCUCAAGAACCACGUGAUCAAGGGGCAGGUCUCGCUGUACCAGCUCUACAACGGCCAGGAGCUCGAGACCCUGGGCGGAAAGAAGAUCCGCAUCUUCAUCUACAGAAAGGCAAUCUGCAUCGAAAACUCUUGCGUCUCCACCAUGGGCAAGGAGGGCCGGCUGGGAAUCUUGCACGUGAUCAACAAACUCAUCCAGGUCCCCGUACGCUCGUUUCUCGAGAUUCUUCAGGCAGAUCGUCGCUUCAGCACUCUGGUCGAGCUGAUAAAGACCGCGGGGCUCACGGAGAAACUUCGAAGUGGCGGUCGCCUGACUCUCUUCGCUCCAACAAACGAGGCCUUUGCUGCUCUGCCCAAGGCCGAGCUGAACAGGCUAAAGGGCAAUCCCAAGGAGCUGGAAGCCCUUCUUAACUUCCACCUGGCUAGCGAGGUGCUCGUGAGCGGAGGCAUCGUCGGCGGGGCCAAAAACGUGCUGAGGACCCUGCAUGGAGGCCUGCUCGAGAUCGAAAGCAGCAAAGAUGGCUCGUUUCUGGUCAACGGAAAGAAGGUGGUUGAAAGUGAUCUCAUGGCGACCAGCGGUGCCAUCCACAUCAUCAAUGGCGUCCUGACACCAACCUCUGCGACCAGCAACAAGUUUGGACUCUCCAAGAGUUCGAUUGCCUCGGGGUCAACCCACGUUGGUGGCAGGACCAAGAUUAUCGAUGGAGGAAGCACGCUGUCAAAAACAGGAACGACAGUGACCCGCACGAUCGUGGUGGACGGAGACGAAGGGAUCUCGGAGGGCACAUUCUCACAGCUCCAGUCCGGUGGAACGAGGGUUUCCAAGAUCAACAAGGUGGUGAAGCCGUCCGGCCAGAAGAAAACCACGGUGAAGAAGACCGUCACACACGCCGACGGCACCACCAGCACGCAGACCUUCACGCUCGAGGGGGACGAUAUCGAGGGGCAGAUCCGCAGGCUCUCACAGCCGAGCAAAUAAACCCGUGGCUCGCACGUGACGAUGCUGCCUUCCCAGGUGACCGUCUGAUGGGAAAUAUGUGAAGAGCAGUUCCUAGACGGCAAUUAAACACAUCUUCAAGUGUGUAAAAACAAUAGUUCAUCAAACCAGUGCCAACAUUUUCAAAUACAGUAGAAGCUGGCUAUGAGCACACACCUUGAGAGCAAGGCUAUGUUGCUCAUAUCCAAAUUAGUUUUCUUGUGUCAGAAGUUGCCCUUUAUUUACGUAUGUACGUUGAACUUCUUUCGCACCGUACGUUGCCAACAGUGCUAACUUACCCCCACCAGUGUAAUGUAAGGAUGUGUUGCUUAUAUCAGAGCCGUGCUUAUGUAAGGUGUGCUUAUAUGCAGCUUCGACUGUAUUAUGCCAACGUGCCCACAAUUUGUCGUGUCAUUGCAACAACCUGCAGCAACGGGAUUACUUCAGCCGAGCCUGGCACGUGGUACCCUCUGCAAGGCACAGAUCACAACGUAACAUUAUUCUUUUAUAAGUAUUCGUGUUCUAUGUUCGCAUGUGGGAGUACAUCAGCUUGUUUGGGCAAGAGGCUUUUUUAUAUGUUUGGCUUAAAAGCAGCUGGACAAUGUUAAUCGCAAUGGUCGUGUCUGUGUGUAUAGAACAAAAAAUACUUUGGCAUUAAAUUCACACUGAAAGUC